CAUGGCUUCGUAAUGCGCGCUCUCCAUAUCGCCGACGCUCCGUUGAUCAAUGAAUUUUGGCAUGCCAGUAACGCAGGCACAUUAAAAAUCAUAAGACGCCUGAUUAUCUACAAUAACAACAGCAUUGGCGUGUAUACCGAAAACUCGCACGAAUUGGUGGCUUGGUGUAUAAGAUGCCAAAGUGGCUUUAUCGGCAUGUUGCAUGUGAAGCCGGCUUUUAGGCGAUAUGGUUUAGCUUCAUUACUUUGCCUAGCUUUGAUACAAGACAUUUGUGGCAGUGGUGACGAACUGCGCGCCAUGAUUCACGAGCAUAAUGAACCUUCGAUAGCGUUGUGUAAGAAAUUGAAAUUUGAACAAGUUGGAGUGACGCAUAUAAUACACGCCUACCAUCCGGUAAACGGUGCAGCUUGGAUUGAAAAAUCGGAGAAGGCAAGAAGAAAAUUGUAGCAGAACUGUUUUUUUUUAAUUAAGUUUCUUAAUUUUCCAAAUGUAUAUGAUAGAGAUGAUAUAGGAUUUUUGCAGUACUUACGAAUCGAUGCUAAAAUGGAAGUAAAUCAGCUGUGUGUGACCUAGUAUUUAGUAAAUAAUUCUGGGUGCAACGUAACGUUGAAAUAUUCGCCACGGCUUUUCAAUUUCACCAAAAAAAAAUUCUCAAAAAUCAACGCGAUUUUUAGCCGUUUGAAACUUGCACUUC